AUGUUUCAUUUCUGUAGUUCACAUUCUUUUUCAUUUAUUUUUCUUUUUUUCCUGUUUCCUUUAUACCUCUUUUUCAUUUCUUUUUCUUUUCUCCUGUUUUGUUUUGUUUUUAUUUCAGCCACUUUUUCAUUUAUUUUUCUUUUUUCCUGUUUCAUUCAUUUUUUUACUUCAAUUUCUUUUUCAUUUCUUUUUUGUUCCUGUUUCGUUUUUUACUUCAAUUUCUUUUUCAUUUCUUUUUCUUUUUUCCUGUUUCGUUUUUUAUUUCAACCUCUUUUUCAUUUCUUUUUUUUGUUCCUGUUUCAUUUUUUUACUUCAAUUUCUUUUUUCAUUUCUUUUUCUUUUUUCCUGUUUCGUUUUUUAUUUCAGCCUCUUUUUCAUUUCUUUUUUGUUCCUGUUUCAUUUUUUACUUCAAUUUCUUUUUCAUUUCUUUUCCUUUUUUCCUGUUUUAUUUCUUACUUAAAUUUAUUUUUCAUUUCAUUUUUUUGUUCCUGUUUCUUCAAUUUCUUUUUCUUUUUUCCUGUAAUAAACCAAAUUUACUUACUUAAAUUUCUUUUCCAUUCCUUUUUCUUUUUUCCUGUUUCGUUUUUUACUUCAAUUUCUUUUUUUUUCUUUUUUCUUGUUUCGUUUUUUACUUCAAUUACUUUUUCAUUUCGUUUUUCUUUUUUCCUGUUCUGUUUUUAA